ACUUGUCUCUGAUACAAAUAACACCCGGUUCAGUCGCAAAUUACAUCAAAACUAAUCGUUUGUUGCAGAAAAAUAGUUUACAUGCUGUGCCAGUUUUUAAAUUAUUUAAAAAUCUAAUUAAUUAUGAUUAUUUAUUUUAAAUUAUAAUAAAUUUAAGUCUUUUAAUCAGAAAUGGCAUUCAGAACGCUGCUGUAUUUAAAUGACGCAUCUGCUAGAUGCUUAUUAAAAAAUGUUUCGUGCAAGAAAAUUAUUGUGCAAGCUCCUAAUUCAUUCAAAUGUCAUCGCGGUUUUAAAAGAUUAAGAGAGAUAGCAAAUAAUGACGCGUUUGUAAAUACGUCUACGUUGUCACUGAAAAAUAUAUGGAAACCUUUGGGUUUCACGAUACUGUUUGGCAGCGCGACACAUCUUGGAGCCGCUGUGUGGGAGUAUGAGAAAAUUCGGAGUCAUACUUAUAAAAUGAUGAAUCGUUAUCACCAAUGGCGUGCUACGCGAACAGGAUGGAGAGGAGAAUUAGAAUCGUGGUGGCGAAGUUUGUCCGAUGGUCAGCGUAUAUUUAUUCCAAUUUGCUACCUUAAUAUAAUGGUAUUCGUCUGCUGGAGGAUACCUGCACUUAGUGGGACGAUGAUGAAAUAUUUUUGCGCAAAUCCAGCUUCUCGUGCAAUCUGUUGGCCGAUGGUUUUGUCAACCUUCUCACACCAUUCGUUAGUUCACUUAGCUGUCAAUAUGUAUGUACUACACAGCUUCAGUACAGCCGCUGUUGCAACACUUGGACGUGAACAAUUUGUUGCUCUUUAUUUAACCAGUGGGGUAUUGUCCAGCUUUGCAAGUCAUCUUUAUAAAAUUGCAUUUCAACGACCGGGAUUGUCCCUCGGUGCAUCUGGAGCUAUUAUGGGAAUCGUUAGUUUUAUAUGUGCACAGUAUCCUGAGACACGUUUGAGUAUAGCAUUUCUUCCAAUGAUCACAUUUACUGCAGGAAAUGCAAUUAAAGGAUUACUGGCGAUGGAUUCCAUCGGUUGUAUAAUGGGCUGGCGUUUCUUCGAUCAUGCUGCUCAUUUAGGCGGAGCUUUAUGGGGAAUAUACUGGCAGAUGUGGGGAAACUCACAUAUUUGGCAAAAACGUGAACCUGUUUUAAGUCUAUGGCAUAAUUUCCGUGACCCUCCAAAAUCACAUUAAUUAAACUAUAUAUUUUUAAUGCCUCAUCACACGGUAAAUAAACUGCAUUAAAUUUAAAAAGUGAUUAAUAAAAUUAUUAUAUUAAAUAUAAAGA